GCUGCAGACAAGUGUAAGGGGCAUGUUCAGCAAUGGCUGCAGACUGCUGUGUGUGCUGCUCAGGACCCGCCGCUCUGCCCGGCCGGGACACAGGCUCCUGACGGCCAUCGCCCUGAGAGUGAAGAGCUGCCAGCCGGCCGCCCGGCACUGGUGGGAGGAGAAGAAUCACGAAGACGGCGUGAAAUGGAAGUUCCUGGACCAUCGAGGGCCGUUCUUUGCGCCUCCAUACGAGCCGCUUCCAGACGACGUGACGUUCUAUUAUGAUGGACAGCCGAUGAAGCUGAGCCCGGCAGCCGAGGAGGUCGCCACCUUCUACGGGAAGAUGCUGGAUCACGAAUACACUACCAAGGAGAUAUUUCAGAACAAUUUCUUCACGGACUGGAGGACUCAAAUGACCAAAGACGAGCGGAAGACUAUAAAGCACCUGGAGAAAUGUGACUUCUCGGAGAUACACAAGUAUUUCUUUGAUAAGAACGAGGCUCGCAAAGCUUUACCCAAAGAGGAGAAGCAGAAAUUGAAGGAAGAGACCAGUAAGAUUCAGGAGGAGUACGGAUUCUGUACCCUGGAUGGACAUCGAGAGAAGAUUGGGAACUUCAAGAUUGAGCCCCCGGGACUCUUCCGAGGCCGCGGUGAUCACCCCAAAAUGGGAAUGUUAAAGCUGAGGAUAAGGCCAGAAGACGUCAUCAUAAACUGCAGCAGGGACUCCAAGGUCCCGGAGCCUCCCCCCGGUCACAGGUGGAAGGAAGUGCGCUUUGACAAUACGGUCACCUGGCUGGCGUCCUGGACGGAGAACAUUCAGGGAUCCAUCAAGUACAUUAUGCUAAACCCAAGCUCCAAACUGAAGGGGGAGAAGGACUGGCAGAAGUACGAGACCGCGCGCCGUCUGAAGAAUGUGGUCGAUCAGAUCCGAUCUCAGUAUCGUCUGGACUGGAAAUCCCGCGAGAUGAAGAAGCGGCAGAGAGCGGUGGCGCUGUACUUUAUUGAUAAGCUGGCUCUCAGGGCGGGCAAUGAGAAGGAGGAGGGCGAGACGGCGGACACGGUGGGCUGCUGCUCCCUGAGGGUGGAGCACAUCAAGCUGUUUCCGGAGCUGGACGGCCAGCAGUAUGUGGUGGAGUUCGACUUCUUGGGAAAAGAUUCAAUCCGAUAUUACAACAAGGUCCCUGUGGAGAAGGAGGUCUUCAAGAACCUAAAGCUGUUCUUGGAGAAUAAGAACCCGGAUGACGACCUGUUUGACCGGCUGAAUACCAGCAUCGUUAACAAGCACCUCCAGGACCUGAUGGACGGACUCACUGCCAAAGUGUUCAGGACCUACAACGCCUCAAUCACGCUGCAGAACCAGCUGAAGGAGCUCACCAAUGAGGAUGACAGCGUACCAGCAAAGAUUCUCUCUUAUAACCGUGCAAAUCGCGCUGUAGCACUUCUGUGUAACCACCAGAGGGCGCCACCGAAAACAUUCGAAAAAUCAAUGCAAAAUCUUCAAGCAAAGAUUGAUGCGAAGGAACAGCAGCUAAAAGAUGCCAAGAAGGAGCUGAAAAAGGCAAAUGCUGACUACAAAGCUCACAAGAAUGACCGGACCAAGAAGGAGAUGGAGAAAAAGAAGAAGCAGUGCGAGAGGCUGGAGGAGCAGCUCAUGAAACUGAAGCUUCAGGCCACAGACAAGGAAGAAAACAAGCAAAUUGCUCUGGGCACGUCUAAGCUGAACUAUCUGGACCCCAGGAUAACUGUGGCCUGGUGUAAGAAGUAUGGCGUACCCAUCGAGAAGAUUUACAACAAGACGCAGAGAGAUAAGUUUGCCUGGGCCAUUGACAUGACCAACGAAGACUUUGAGUUUUAAGGUCACCCCGUACU